CCCCAUCCCUCCCCGCAUUCAAUCAACCGCCGAUCGAGAAUUGAGCGCCUAAGGGGCGAUUGAGUGGGCCUGCAAAUCCAGCCCAACUGAUCUGAUGUUCGAUCUUACUGUCUUUUCUACUUGUUUAAGCGAGUAUGGUUCUGUCAAUCCUUCAGAAACGACUCCCUCGAACCAUUCUACUUUUACUUGGGGCGAUCGUCGUCAUUCUGAGCUUCUCGCCGAUCCACUAUGCGCAAGUGACAGCGCGGGAUCGGCCCGAGGAUGAGUCGAUCUCCCUCCAUCCCAUCAGCAACGAGACUUUAGGGACUCAGAAGAUUUUCGUUGUGAACCUCCCAUCCAGACCCGAUAAGAGGGACAAUAUUAUCUUGGGUUCAUCGGUCAGCGGCUUCCGCGUGGAAUGGGUCGAUGGGGUCACCCCGGACGAAGUCAAUCCCAAAUCAAUACCUCAUCAUUGGAAUCCAGACCACAAGCCGACGGAAUAUGCGGCCCGGCGUGCGCAUGUCAAUGCAAUGCAGCAAAUCGUCCAAGGCAGACUCGGAAGCGCUAUCAUCAUGGAGGACGAUGUCGACUGGGAUGUGACCCUCCAAACGCAACUCCAGAGCUAUGCGCUCGCCGUCCGAGCUCUGCAGGGCUCGGAUGGCAACUCCACCGGGUCUCCCUACGGCGACGACUGGGAUGUCCUCUGGCUCGGCCACUGCGGUAUGAGUUGCAAGACCGAGCUGCCGGUUUUCCUGUCGCAUCAGGAUUCCACAGUGUUACCGCCCCAUCACUUCCUACCUUACUGGCGCGAUCCGCCUCCUAUCGAUCGACCCGACCAUACGCGUCUGGUCUGCAGCGUGGGCGAUGCGGCCUGCUCUCUGGUCUAUGCUGUGAGCUACUUCGGCGCCCAGAAGAUCCUGGCGGCGCUCUCCGUUAGCCCUGGGCAGCUGGCGGAGCAGAUUGAUAUCGGGGCUCAAUUCGAUGUGUCGUUGGGCCGGAUGUGCGGGCAUGGGUAUCUGCGGUGCUUCGGCGCGUAUCCGUCGCUGACGGGGGGGUAUCAGCCCGCUGGGUCAUUCUCCAAGACCUCCGAUAUACAUGAUCAGGAUGACAGUGUGCACGGGGCUUAUAGUUUCGGGGUGAUGUAUAGUACCAUGCUGAACGUCAACCGGCUCCUGAGCGGCGAGAGGACGGUCCAUGCGACGUGGGAUGAUGUAGGAGUGCCGUUGGAUGCUGACCCGAGGAACUUCACAGUGCUUGGAGGGUCGGUUGCGAUGUUAGGGGAGGAUGGGAUGCAGAAGAUUGUGGAUGUCUCUGCGGACUAGCUUGUGCUGCCGUGGCAACAGGUGCAGGUUGGUUGAUUGAUGCAUUCAUUCGUUAGACAGCGAAUCGUGCUAGGCAGUCUAGCGGCAGAUCUCGACCUAAGGACU